AUGAGGCUAAUCAACUGCUCGACCAAGAGAUUUGAAGAAUUCUUCGAUGAAGAGGUACCUGAAUACGCUAUUCUCUCACACACCUGGGAAGGGCAUGAGAUCUCGUACAGCGAGUACAAUAACGACCUCUGGGAUCAAACUCGAAAAAUGUACCCCGAGGCAACAGAAAAGAUAACUGCCACGAUAGCAAAGGCAUCUGAGUACGGCAUAAAUCAUGUAUGGAUAGACAGUUGCUGCAUAGACAAGAGCAGUUCAGCCGAGCUGAGCGAAGCCAUAAACAGCAUGUAUUUGUGGUACAAGAAGGCAGAAGUCUGUUUCGUUUACCUGAGCGACUUCUACUGUUUUUCGCAAUACGCACGACCGAGAUCUCAAGGUUCUUGGUCUGAGCCGCUUUUUGAGGCAGUGGCACUCCGUCGUUGCCGAUGGUUCACCAGAGGAUGGACAUUGCAAGAGCUGCUUGCACCCAGCAACGUCCACUUCUUCGAUCGCCAAUGGAUGUGCUUUGGCACAAAGCGGAGUAUUUCGCUGGAACUGUCCGCUAUCACUGAGAUACCAGGACCUGCUCUAGAAGGAAAAGUAGCCGAGCACACGUACUCGGUCGCAGCCCGGAUGUCCUGGGCAGCUCACCGUGUCACAACUCGGGGUGAGGAUAUCGCGUACUGCUUGUUCGGACUUUUUGGUGUCAACCUUCCUUUACUCUACGGCGAAGGGGCAACACGAGCGUUCCUGCGACUUCAAGAGGCCAUUAUACAAAGGACUAAUGAUCUCACCAUAUUUGCAUGGCAGCACGCUGAAGCAACGGUGCCUGAGUUGUCUCGAGAAGCCUGCAGUAUCCUAGCGCAGUCACCACGCAACUUCGAAGAUUCUGGUGACAUUGUCUGCAACGAUCUUACAGAUAAUCCGGAAUACUCUGUUACGAAUAAAGGCAUAAAGUUCAACAACUGGAACUUUGAACGGGAUGGGGAUGACCCAGAUACUUUUGAAGUCCCCUUGAGUUGCCGCAGGAAGUGGUACACGGAAACAGGGUCACUACACAUUACGUUGGAGCGUUUGAAAGACAGCGUAUGGUAUCGAAGCAAAAAUGAAACCUUCCAAUCACACAAACUCUUUCUCAAACCUCUCCAUCGCCGAGGAAGUACCGCGGCCCUAUGGUACUUCUACAUCAUGACUUGA